CCGCGAUGGACAACAAGUUCAUCCCGCAGGCGAUUCAACUCGUGACCCAAGCGAUCCAGGAAGACACGAACAAGAACUAUGAAGCUGCGUUCAAACUGUACAAGCAAUCCCUCGAGCACUUUAUGAUUGGCGUCAAGUAUGAAAAGAACCCGACGUCCAAGGAGAUCAUCAUGAAACGAGUCGAGGGAUACAUGACGCGUGCCGAGCAGUUGCGCGAGAUGCUGGAAGGACAAGCCAAACCGAAGGUCGUCGCAGCCGGCGGCACCGCUGAAAAGGAAAAAGAUGACGAAGACAAUGAUGGCGAUGCUGAAAAAAACAAACUGCGUGGCGCGCUUGCUUCUGCCGUCGUGUCGGAGAAGCCCAACGUAAAGUGGGACGAUGUCGCUGGGCUCGAGGCAGCCAAGGAGGCAUUGAAGGAAGCAGUGAUCUUACCUGCUCGGUUCCCGCAGCUCUUUACCGGGAAGCGUCGGCCGUGGAAAGGGAUUUUACUGUAUGGGCCUCCCGGGACGGGGAAAUCGUACCUGGCUAAAGCUGUCGCGACAGAAGCCGACUCGACCUUCUUUUCAGUGUCGUCGUCCGAUCUCGUGUCGAAGUGGCAGGGUGAAUCUGAACGCUUGGUCAAGAAUUUAUUUGAAAUGGCUCGAGAGAAGAAACCGAGCAUCAUCUUCAUCGACGAAAUCGAUUCGCUGUGUUCGAACCGGAGCGAAGGCGAGAGCGACAGCACGCGGCGCAUCAAGACCGAGUUCCUUGUCCAGAUGCAAGGCGUUGGCCACUCCCAUGACGGCAUCCUUGUGCUUGGCGCGACAAACGUUCCGUGGGAGCUCGAUCCCGCCAUGCGCCGACGGUUCGAAAAGCGCAUUUACAUUCCGCUCCCGGAAGUCGAGGCGCGCAAAGUCAUGCUCAAGAUCCACUUGGGCGACACCCCCCACAGCUUGAACGAUGACGAUUUCACGACGCUCGCCACCAAGGCGGAAGGAUGCAGUGGGUCCGAUAUUUCCGUGCUCGUGCGCGAAGCACUCAUGGAGCCGCUGCGUCAAUGCCAGCAAGCCCAGUUCUUCUGCCGAUGCGACGAUAAAGCAAGACCGACUCGAAAUGGGACGUUCUUGACUCCUUGUGAAGACGACCCACCAUGCCCGCACUGCCACAUGAAGCUAUCGUCGUGCCCAUCGAAUUGCACGGGAUGCAAGACGCCGUGCCAACGUUGUGGAUCGUAUCGCAUGCGUCUGUACGACUUGCCUGACCGCGGGUUCAACGAUUCGCAGCUCAAACCCCCCAUGGUUUCCAUGACGAACUUCAACAAGGUGCUCGAGCACUCGAUCUCCAGUGUCGCGCCGGAGGAACUCCACCAGUUUGUCAAGUGGACUAGCGAGUUUGGUCAGGAAGGUUAAGCAAGAACAACAACGCAUAUGCACACGCACUCCA